GGCAUUGGAUGCAGUUGUGUUCACCAUCUCAGUUCUUCGCGUUGAGCAUUGUUGAUAACGGUUGACCGGGUCUUCAUGGCUUCUCGUGCCGGUGUAUUAUCAAUCUAAAAUGAUUACUUUUUAUAUCGUGAGUGGUUCGUGGUCGAAAGUGAUUGUGUAAAGUAACAUCGUAGAACCUAUAUAAAGAACUGGCAUAGUACCGAAGUAAAAUUGAAUUCCUUUUCUAAUUUGCGUUCAGAUCAUGUGUGCGGUACAUACGGAUAUGCAUGAUUGUUUUGCCGCGUAAUUUAGCGUUGUGAAAAAAAGGGGGAAAAGGUGAGGAAUGGAAUGCGUUGGGAUAGCGUAAGAUACACCAGCUUAAUUGCUUCCCUCAACUACUGAAAGCACCUAAAACGCUAGGAUUUAACCGCGUAUAUGUUUUUAUUCAUUUCGCAUUAUGACAGACACCGAUUACUGUUGUAUAUGCGCAAGCGACGAGGGAGUUUUCUUGGAUAUAUUUACUGCAACUGGUCGCCAGUUAGGAAACAGAUCCUUCACCAGGGAAUUUGAAAAGUGCCUCUCUUUUAAGGUCAACAGAGAUGAAGCCCUAUCAUCAAAGAUUUGUCAUAAAUGUGCCAUUGAAUUAGGAGAAUGUUAUCGGUUUGUUGAACAGCACCAUAGAGCACAUGACAAAGUAACAAAGCUGAAGAAAGAAUUUUCCAAGAAAUGUUGCUGUUUGUGCUAUUCCGCUUCUCCCAAAGAGUAUCUCUUUCCACUAGCCAGAGACUUUCAUUCAACGAUUGAUCUUCUUCAAAAGAUACGUGAAUGUUUUCAUGAACAGAUUAGCAAAAAAGAAGCCAAAAAAAGAUCAGUAUGUCUUCUAUGCCUCUAUCAUUUGGAUAUGCUAUAUGAUCUAAGGAUACUUGCUCACUGUGUUGCAUCCAAAUUGCAGCAAAUUACAGAGAGAAAAUCCGGAGUGGAGAAUCUACCAAAGACAGAAACAUUUGUAGUCAGUCGCAAAACAACUUGCCUCUACAAAACAAAGGUUGAAUUUCCUGAAUCUCCUUCUGAUACGGAUAGUGUAGACAGAACAAUGGCUUGCCGAAGACUUCGCUCUAAGGAAAUGAGUGACCAGAAGCCUUCUGUAGAAUCAAAGCUCCGUAAAUGUGGGCAGUGUCAUAGUUCAAUUGAAGCUGGGAUUGAUAUGUUCCGAUUGUAUACGACAGGCAAAAUCGUGUGUAAAUUGUGCUGGAUAACAACAGAUCCAUUUACAGCAGAUGAAACUACGAAGCGCAAGCAAGUGGCUCAAAGGAAACCCAAGGGCACUAAGUUGUGCGCAGUGUUUCUAAAAGAUGUUCUACAACAUCCGGGGAUUCCAAAAACUGAUAAAGCUCAUAGAAUUACAAGUGUUCGCAAAGGCAUAAUUUACAUUUCUAGCAGUUCGGAAAAUGAGGAAGAAUCUAACAUUGAAAAAGCAGAAACUAAUGCACCUAUGCGGUUACGUGGAAAAAAAAAUACAUCCUAUAAUAAGUCAAACACAAAUUUAAAAAAACAAUUGAAACGGAGUCAUGAGAAUCUGAACAGUAUCUGUGGACCCAACCAAAAAAAGAUAAAAAUUAAUAAUUCAAACAUUGCUGAAACUCCAGUUCCAAGACGAAGUGCUCGCAAUCAAGGCUUCGAUUCAGAUAAUGAGAUUGCAAAACGCAAGGAAAAAAAUGUUCCGAACGGAAAACACAAAAUGGCAAGUGAGGUAAAAAGUUUUAAGCAGUCCGAGACUAGUAUCGAUUCUGGGGACCAGCGUGCGAUGUCAAUUACUAAACACCGAAAGCGAGGGAGUUCUGCUGGUACGUCUAAGAGUGUGGAUCAUUUUUCAGACAGUGGUAGAGAGCAGAGAAAAAUACGUCAGGUCCGCAACAAAGUUCCGUUGAUUUCACAACGCAAAGUGACUGACAAAGUAAAAACACAAAAACGCAUGGCGCCGAAAGUUAUAACUAGCAUUGAUUUAAAACAGCAGAAAACGAGUGCACGGUUGAAGAACUUAGGUGUCAAAUCUAUAACCAAAAGCUCAUCAGCCAAAACAUUAGCGUCCUCUAAGGACGCUAAGAAAUUAAUUAUUCCGCCAGUUAAUUAUCCUUCUAACACAAAAUCGUACAAAUGCAAAAUGUGCAAUACGGUAUACAAAAAUAAAAUUAUUGGAAUGAAGCACGAAUUGACACACUUCAAGGGUGUCGAAAUUAAAAUAGAAAAGUUGCAACGCGAUCAGCAUUUUCGGGUGCCUAAUGAAUAUUCCCCAGCAAGUAGCAUCAUUCAAGAGUCCACUUUGGCGGAAGAAAUAAAUUUGCAUCCUGAUGUACCGUCUACAGAUAUUCGUAGCGAGCCUCAUGCGGAUCAAAACAACGAAUUACAAACUCUAAAAAGUACUCCACAAUCUAAAAAAUCUGUAGAGGUACAGGGGGAGGUGGAAUCUGUCGAUUUCGACCCUAUUCAAAAAACAGAUGUCAAUACCAGCCCAUCGAAGGAAUCCUUUGAAGAUCAACCGGUUUCAGAUGAUAUCGUUUUAAUGACAAAUGCAUCAACAAACGGACCUGCGGAUAAACUUGUGUCACAAGAACCUUCUGGAAUCGUCAGUCAAGAAAAAAUUGAAAAGUCGCCGGAUGAGAAGAAACACACAGACACCGAACCUGAGUCGACAAGUGAAUCAAACUCCAUUGCCGUCAAUGAUAAUGUGCAAGUUUUGAAUGAAACUAAUGACCGAAAUACUGAUGAAGCUGAUGAGCCUGUUGGUGAUAUCGAAGAUGAAAAUCUGAUGUCUCAAAGUAAUGAAGCAGAGGCAGUAGUAGUCCAGUCUGCAGAAAAUACUAGAACUGAUGGAGAUUCUGGUGACGAAUUAGAAAGUGAUACAGAUAUUCGAAUUGUGGAUACAGAAAGUUCAACAGAAGAUAGUGGUGAGCGAUUGGAAAAGCAGCAGAUCACAGCAGACGCAAAUGACUUUUUCACACCAAUUAUCACGGAUUCUGUAGUUGAAGAACCAACUGAAGAGCCGAUGGAAAUCAGUGAGGAUAAGGAAAUUUCUGAAGAAAUAUCAAGUACAAAUGGAACCUCGCAAACUAGUUCAGACGUCAAUCUCAUUUCAACAACCAAGUUUAAUGUGGAAAAGACUGACGAGGUACCAAAAAAUGGAGAAUUGCACUCCGAAGCAACAAAGUUAAACAAUACUCCUGAAUCCUUGAUAUUUGCGGUGAAAGCAGUAGAUCAGGACAAGUCAACAUCUGUAGUUACCGAAAUAUUACAAGAAGUCAUCGACCUUGCGACCGCUGAGGUUCAAAAAAGAGCAGAGAACAAUAUAAUUGCUAUUCCUGAAACUUUGGAGAACAUUUCAAAAGAAAUAACAGCUAUGGCCGGCAAAUCCGCGGACAUAGAGACGUCUUGCGGCAAUUUUGGUACAUAAGAAGAGAUCUUGAUAUUCCGAACGUGGAACAUUUGGAGUAAAUUCACACUUCCCGAUAAUAUCUUUGCUGACCGCUGUUGGUCUGGAAUCUAACUCGUAGGAUGUCCUUGCUGACGGUUAGAAUCAUCCAAUUUACCAAAAUUUUUAAUUGUCAGUUGUUCAAAAGGAGAUAGAAGGUAUGGUAAAAAAAUGUUUCGAAAACUUCGGUCCGAGCGAUCCAAUAAUGAGUGCAAUAAGUGCUAACGAAUCGAUGUAUGCACGAUAAAGACUUUACUCGAACUCUCGGGAUCGGAAUCCGAUACGUCAGGUAUUUGUUUCAAUUCUAAAUUUAUACAUUCGUAUUUCUCAAUAUAAUUUCAUAACCGAUCGAGUCAGCACAGAGUUGUGCCGCAAAAAUGGAGAGGUAAGUAAAUGGCAGUGUACUAACAUUAUCCAGAAUACCAUAUUAUGCAUCAAAAGAUGCUAGGUAAUACCGAUCAUACAUGCAAACUACUAUUCAGAUUAGCGCAUGAUUAUAUCAUCGGAGAUUGUUGACGAUACAAUGAAACGUUAAAUUUGUGAGAGAUUCAUAUAUAUUGGCAAUAAUGUUUUGUUUCUAAAUUUUUCCCAUCUCAUUUAUGCUUCAAUGCGACACCAUACUCACCUGUAAUAUAUAACUAUCUAUUUUUAGUUAAAAAUAAGAAAGCAGUACGAGUAUGUGUAUAAAUAUAAAUACUAAUAUUGAUUAAAUACCUUUUACUUCAACGUGUGAAAUAUUUCUAUUGUGUGGUAGUGAAUAUAAGUUUCCAGCUGCGAGCAGAGUCAUUCGUUUACUCAUUAUUAGUUAUUUGUUCUUUUACCAUCAUAGUUCAAUUUGCCUGGCAAUUCUCCUCAUAUCAUUGCAAAAAAACGUUUUAGUUUUCUCUCAUAUAAUCCGGAUUGACAGUAGUAUCGUAGGCUACGAAAUCCUCAGAGAGAACUCUAAUGAUCGGUGCCAGGCUUUGAAUAAUUUCGCUUCUAUCUGACGUAGACUUUGUAUUUAUGUCAUUAUCACAGGACUGGCUUUCGGAUACGCUGAAUUCGCCAGAAUUGUCUCCUGCAACUACUACUUUCUUAUUUUAUUUUAACGACUAUAAUAAAACUUUAUUACUUGA